AGAAGUUAUCGUUAAGAAGAGAGAGAGAGAGAGUAUCGAUUGGUUUGGAGUUAUCCUGAGGAGAGACAAUGAAGAAACUAAAACACUACUACAGCUGGGAACAGCAGCAACGGAAGUGCAUCUUCCCCGCAAUAGCCACGGCCUCCCUCCUCUCCCUCUUCUGCCUCCUCCUCAUCUUCGCCGCCACAGUCACCACCCCCGACGCCAUCCUCCCCUUCGCCAUCUCCGGCCCCUUCGUGGAGUCCAAGCUGCGGCCCCUCCCCCUCCCUCCGCCCUCCCCUCUCCCCCCCGUCCUCGCCUACCUCAUCUCCGGCUCCAAGGGCCACGCCCCCGCCCUCCUCCGCACCCUCUCCGCCCUCUACCACCCCCGCAACCGCUACCUCCUCCACCUCGACCGCGACUCCCACCCCGACGAGCACCACCUCCUCCACCGCCACGUCACCCACCACCUCACCUUCCUUAAAUUCCGCAACGUCAGGGUCCUCUCCAACCCCAACCUCAUCACCUACCGCGGCCCCACCAUGGUCGCCAACACCCUCCACGCCGCCGCCCUCGCCUUAACCGACCACGACGACUGGGAUUGGUUCAUCAACCUCAGCGCCUCCGAUUACCCCCUCGUCACGCAAGACGAUCUGCUCCACGCGUUCUCGCAUUUGCCGCGCGAUCUUAAUUUCAUCGAUCACACCAGUGACAUUGGCUGGGAAGAUCAUCAACGGGCGAGACCGAUAAUUAUUGAUCCGGGGCUGUAUAUGACUAAGAAGCAAGACGUGUUCUGGAUUACGCAGAGGAGAAGUAGGCCAACGGCGUUUAAACUUUUCACAGGUUCGGCUUGGAUGGUUCUAUCAAGAUCUUUCAUUGAUUACUGUAUAUGGGGAUGGGACAACCUACCACGGACUGCUCUCAUGUACUACACUAAUUUCAUAUCUUCCCCUGAAGGGUACUUCCACACUGUCAUUUGUAAUGCUCAAGAGUUCAAGAACACAACUGUUAAUAGUGAUCUUCACUUCAUUUCUUGGGACAAUCCUCCCAAGCAACAUCCCCACUACCUUUCUCUUGAUGACAUGAAAAGGAUGGUUGACAGCAACGCCCCCUUUGCAAGGAAGUUCCAGGUAGAUGAUCCAGUGUUGGACAAAAUUGAUGCAGAGCUAUUAUCUAGAGGCCCUGGGAUGGUUGUUCCAGGUGGCUGGUGCAUAGGAAGCAGGGAGAAUGGUAGUGAUCCUUGUUCUGUAAUAGGUAAUACUACUGUCCUCAGGCCUGGCCCAGGUUCAAAAAGGCUAGAAACUUUGAUAAAUUCACUGUUGUCUGAUGAAAAUUUUCGACCAAAACAGUGUGUAUGACAAGAACCUACUGGCAACAGCAGUGAAGUCAUGUGUUUUUUCAUUAGGAAAUGUAUAUAUCGAGAUUUGAGAGUGUAAAGCACAAACAUGAUUUUUUUAAUAUUGAGAAGAAUUGAGGCAAAUCUGGUUGCAUGA